CAUGGGCUUCACCACGGCACUGCACGGGUUCAUGGCGACCAUCGCGAUGUUGUGGCAGAUGUGGUGGUUCCGCAAGGACCACUGCCAGUUCCGAAUCCGCUUUUGGCUGCAGUAAAUCCCGCGGUCUUUGACGGUGCAGCGGAGGUCCUGCCAGCUCCGCGCGAUGCAGCAGCGGAUCCACUGCCAGCGGAAAUGGUCGAGCCGGUUGAAGAGGACGGCGAGCUGAUGACUGAUCCACAGCUGCCAGUUGAUGCCGAAAUAGCGCUCGCCAUCGUCUCUGCUGUACUAAGCAGUUCUACGACGUCUAGCGACGACGACGGUGAAGGCAGCGGUAAUCUACACACCCUGGAAAUGGCGCAACCGACGGCGGCAAAUGAGGCCGCCCAUAAUGACGGCGGGAGUAAGGUGGCAUGGCCGGUGACACCUCUAUCAGUUAUGGAGAUUAACCAUGCCGGCGGGAGUAAGCGGAACCAUUCGGAAUUGGGGCAUCACCAGUGCUAUGGAGUGUACGACUUUGAAGCGUAACUGCGCGGGUAUGCAUGUGGGAAGAAUGGUUGUGGGAUGGCCUUCCAGGAAUAGCACAAUUACGAGUAGCAGCGCGUAUGCGUAUACCUUUUUGCUGCAAUCUGUUCUGUUCAGUUCGGGUGUUUUACGCGAUUCAUGGGCACUUGACAAUUUCAAUCACUAACCCCAUGAUUGUCUCAACUAAACUAAAUUAAAUUAAUCCUGUACAGUCCUCUUUUGUGAGUGGAAUGGGAAAUGUUGCCAUUAGAUAUUGUCAGUGU